AUGCAAGCAGCACUUGCAGUCAUGGCCACACAAACAAUUCUCUCUUCAACACCCCACCACUUUCUUCUCCCCAUCUCUUUCAAUCCCACCAUUUCCACCGCCACCUCACUCCCACUUACUUCUUCCUUCCCCGGCCUCUCACUCAAAGCAGCCACUGCCCGCCCAUACUUGUCCUUCUCCGCCUCCGCUGCCCAGAAGCCUAUUGCCAUUGUCGCCUCCGCCACCAAGAAGGCCGUCGCGGUCCUCAAGGGCACCUCCAACGUCGAGGGUGUUGUCACACUCACCCAAGAAGCUGACGGUCCGACUACUGUGAACGUUCGUGUUACUGGACUUACUCCGGGCAAACAUGGGUUUCAUCUACAUGAGUUCGGCGACACAACAAAUGGUUGUAUCUCAACAGGACCACAUUUUAAUCCAAAUGGUUUGACACAUGGAGCUCCUGAGGAUGAAGUUCGCCAUGCGGGUGACCUGGGAAACAUAGUUGCUGACGCCAAAGGUGUGGCUGAGGCUACAAUAGUGGACAGUCAGAUACCAUUGAGUGGUCCUGAUUCUGUUGUUGGAAGAGCUUUUGUGGUUCAUGAGCUUGAGGAUGACCUUGGAAAGGGUGGUCAUGAGCUUAGUCUAAGCACUGGCAACGCCGGUGGAAGAUUGGCAUGUGGUGUGGUUGGUUUGACUCCCCAGUAA